UGUCUAGCAAGCACCAAUGAAUGGCAGAGCUGUACAAAGAGAUCUAGUCCCUCCCCCAUAUGUAGCGACACAACCUCUACACUCACACUGUAGAGAGAAAGAUGAAACGGAGUGAUGCUACGAAUGAAACUAAAACAAAAAGGUGGAAAUAUGUUUUGGGCUAGAUUUUGGAAUUUUGCUUUGGAUUAAUUUCUUACUGCAAUGGAGGAUAUAGACCGUACUUUGGAUUGCUUCAUUUGGAAAUAAUUGUUGAGAAUAUUUGAUGGCAAAGACAAUGGGAUACCGAGAGUGGAGAUGGAAAGCGGUUUGGUGGAAUCAGUUCUUUCUCCUGUGGACUACAAUAGAAGCACAGACUCGUUACAGCAUCCCAGAAGAACUAAAACCGGGUUCUGUGGUCGGAAAUCUCGCCAAAGAUUUGAGUUUGUCAUUAUCUGACAUGUUUGACCGUAAGCUGCGGGUCGCAUCUGAGUCUGGCGAGCAGUAUUUCAGCGUGGAUGCGGGGAAGGGAGAGCUUGUGGUGAAUGACAGAAUAGACAGGGAAGCUCUAUGUGGACAAAGCGUGAGCUGCGUGUUACCUUUACAAAUUGUCAUUGAAAACCCUUUACAAUUACACCGACUGGAGAUAGAAAUUAAAGAUAUAAACGAUAACUCUCCAGUGUUUCAAACAAAAGAAUUAUCUUUAAAAAUUGCAGAAUCUGCAGCAGUGGGAACUCGCUUUCUUUUGGAAAGUGCAGAGGAUUUAGACGUGGGGGUUAAUUCCGUGAAGUCAUACACUUUGACAAGAAAUGAAUGUUUUACACUAAAAAUGAAGGAUGUUAACCGGGGUAGAGCAGUUCCUGAGUUGGUUUUAGAAAAGCCCCUUGAUCGAGAGAAGAAAGCGUUUUAUCAGCUAAAGUUGACUGCAGUAGAUGGAGGAAAUCCGACCCUUUCGGGUACCUCACAACUUACAAUUACUGUGCUUGAUAAUAAUGAUAAUUUUCCUGUCUUUGAAAAUAUGACGUUCACAGUUUCUUUGCAAGAAAAUUCUGUGAAGGAUACUUCCAUAAUUAAGAUAACUGCAACUGAUGCUGAUGAGGGACCAAACGGAGAAAUAGAAUAUUUUUUUGGCGCGAGGACACCGGAAUCCGUGUUAUCCAUGUUUGAAAUCCGAUCCUCAACUGGAGAGAUAUAUCUGAAAGGAGACUUAGAUUAUGAAGAAGCAACCUCCUACAAAAUAGAAAUAUCUGCGAAAGACAAAGGGGUUCCUGAAAUGGAGAGUUACUGUCAUUUACAAGUAGAUGUUUUAGAUGUUAAUGACAACACACCAGAAAUUGUUCUCACUUCU